GGAAAGGCACGGUGUGAUAAUAUUGCACUCUCUCUCUUCAAAUGACAAGUGCUUAUUUUUCCCUAUACCGCUUACCACACGCAACAUCUCGCGCUGACGCGCUCACAGACUCUCUUCCAAAAUAACCCGUUCUCUCACCAAGUCUCCUGUUUCUUUUUUAAAACAUUUUAACCUAGUACUUACAUUCAUUUAUUCAGAGAUGUGCGAAAUGUGGAAUUUUGGCCAACGGUGACCUAUCAGCAUUUCGAAAUUCUUCGGCGCAUAUUUUGGGGAUUGACUGUUAUAACCGUCCAAGCUGGGUACAUUUCCUGAUGUUUUGCUAUGCUCUGCUUCUCAAUAAUGUAGAAAAGUGCGUGGUCAUUUUCAGCGCCGAAUCCACUGAGGAUGCCAACGAAUCACCUUGCCUCUCCGGUGUUCUUUUUCAUAGCUUUUUGACUGUCUAGUGGAGUAAAUUCGAUGAUUUAUAUAAAGACAAAGUUUGACCGACACAAGUGGUCAGAGGACACCUUUUGGUAAAAGCACAGUGGACCACCCGUCCACGGACUCGGUGCGUCCUUAUCAACCUUAUCAAAUGAAUGGGAAGAUAAUUGCCAAGUUAGAAUAAGCAAGCAACGUCCAAGAUAUUUGCAUAUUCUCUCCUUUGGUGGUGUAAUAUCAGGCUUGACAUCACAUAUGGAGUAAUUGUGUAUGCGCAAUGUUGAAGGAUAUAGCCUUAGAAUGUUUGCAUUAAUGACAUUUGGAGUAAGGUUCGUCAUUUGAGUGUAUUAGCCACUAUCGACUUUCGUGGAAGCCAUCUAAAUGGGAGAAUACCUGAAGAACUGACUCGAAAUUGUUGUCGAGAAAAUGUGGAUAAAACGGUGUAUUGCACGCAGUCAGAUGUCGGCUUUACGGCCGGGGAGCUGUGUAGGGCUUCGGGUGUGGAUCCUCCUGGCCAUGACCCACCUCACCCUGGAUUUUUCCCUGUGUAGCCCCCUCAGUCAGGGCCUAGGAAUCAAGCUCAUCCCCAAACCUGUGCCUCGUCCCCGGCCCCGCUCGGCACCCCUCUGGGAUACUCCCAACAUGCUCCAUUGGAGGACAGUGAGGCCGCCGGCGCGCCGUCUCCUCAACCCCGUCCCACCGCCAGCCAAUAUGGGAGGGCCAGGGCCAAAGUUCAGGGGUCAAAAGCACAGGAGACUGGCACAUAAAGGACAGCCAUGUAAGGAGUGCUGGUUGAAAUACACAUCCACCGAGGUGGGAGAUUUAGCAGCGGUGCUAGAUCUUCCCAUGGGGCACAAAACAGACGUGGUGAGGUUGUUACUGAGGGCGAGGAGGCAGCUGAAAUGGGACAGCGAUGACAAAUCUCAGGACGGCAGGACCACGACGGUGGCCGGAUAUAUCGACUGGGGACCCACGGGGACAGAGGACAACUUUGAGAAUGGUGAGGGUAAAACGGCGGCCAACUCCACACUGUCCACCAAGGCCUUGACCACUGCCAUGGCCACCACCACCACCACAACCACCAAGAGCCCCCAGAGGACGUUCGCAGUGGUGACCACCCCUCACCCCAGAAGGCUGAGCACCACCAAGGCCAGUGUCAGUCUAGGGGAGACUGUCAAACCACCAAAGCCAUAUGGAGACACAUCAGGUCUGGCAGUUCACCAGAUUAUUACAAUCACUGUGUCUCUCAUUAUGGUCAUCGCAGCCUUGAUAACUACACUUGUCCUUAAAAACUGCUGUGCACAGUCGGGGAAUGGCCGUCACAGUAGCCAUCAGCGGAAGAUCCACCAGCAGGAGGAGAGCUGUCAGAACCUGACCGACUUCACCCCUGCCCGCGUGCCCAGCAAGGUGGACAUUUUCACCGCCUACAACGACAGCUUGCAGUGCUCGCACGAGUGUGUGCGCACCGCCGUGCCCGUCUACACGGACGAGAUGAUCCAGCAGACCCCUAUAUACAAGACCACCUACAAUGGAAAUAGACCUUCUCCCACUGAAAGGCAGCUGAUUCCUGUGGCCUUUGUGUCAGAGAAGUGGUUUGAGAUCUCCUGCUGACCAGUUGAAGUCUUUUUCAUGUCACGUGGGUGGAAUAGACUUCCUGUAUUUAUGCUCUGAACACCCAUUGGUAAACUUUUCCAACCAUGAGAAAGAAGUGACUCAAACAAUGGCCAAUUUUGUAAGAUAGUGGAAACUCUCUCUCUCUGGACACUGAUGAAGAUAUUUAUUUUUCUAAAAAUUAUGACAAACCGAGCAGCCAUACCGCUGCCACUUCAUAAUAUUAUCCAGAGACCUGUGGUAGUUUAGAUAUGUAGUUAGAGUUAAUGUGUAGCUAUAUUACUGGAUGUGCAGGAGAAGACCAUUGACGUCAGCGACACCUUGAAGAAGACUAGCUGCCUUGGAGAGCUAGGAGACUCUGAGACGAUACUCACAGUGGAAGAAACUGAGCUGUAUUACUGAACAAUGUGCCAAUAAUGCCACUAUGUGCCACAAUCUGUACAGAAGGAACUUUCAACAACAAUGUAUGGACAACUAAAAUAUUGCUAUAUUAACUCUGUAUCAAACCAACUCCAUCUUUUUUUUAAAGAAAAGUGAAGAAAAAAAAUGUUAUAAGUAUUUGAAUAUCUUUUCUGAUGUAGUUUUAAGAAUUGUGUUGCAAAGUCCCAAAAAUGUUUAUUAUAUGAAGCACUAUUCAUUGAGGCCAAGAAGAAAAAAAAGAAUAAUGGUAAAUGCUUUAUCCAACACUUACAUUUAAGGCAUUGUUUAAGGUCCCAUUUUAAAACCAGAAUAGUCUGUCUAUUUUUAUACAUAAAAAGAGGUCAGUCACAACCCAAGCAGUGCAGUUCCCAUGCCACACAAUGUUUGGACUGUUAAUGACGUGCCGCUGUCCAAUCAGAUAUUAAAGCAAAGGGGACGAUUUCAAAACACGUAUCGAAUCCAAGCCCAGAUUAAUUCCCCAUUCGGUAUGACCUAUUUCUCAGUGGUUUUUGAUUGUGCUUACUACUUUUCUUCAAAACUUCUGUCUCGAUGGCUGUUCGAACAGUGCAUACCCUAUAUCCUGUUGUGGUCAGUUCAAUCUGAAUGGUUAUCCAGAUAGCUAAGGCAAAUAGAGAGGAUUAGCAGUAUGUUUACAUAUACACUGCCUCAGGUCAUGUCUAAUAUAUAAGUCUUCAUUUCCUCUUCCAUCCCAAGCAUUAUUCACAAGUGAUAAGACAUGAUAAGUUACUAUGAGUGGUGGUAGGAUAUGAGCAGUACUGCACAAGGGUGUCAAUUUAGAAUUAACUUGUAAGAAUAUAAUUAUUCUAAUUUUACAAUUACGGUUAGUAAGAAAUAUUGAAUAUCUCCUUUCAACUACAGUGCAUUCGGAAAGUAUUCAGACCCCUUAACUUUUUCCACAUUUUGUUAUGUUACAGCCUUAUUCUAAAAUUGAUUUUUAUCCCCCCUCCUCAAUCUACACACAAUUAUGA